ACUGAAAGCAGAGGCUCCUCCUGUUAGCAUCUCAGACAGGAUGUGUGAAUAGAGACCGGGCGACUCUCAGCUUCACACACACAUAUAUACUGAGUGCAAUCUAAAGAGAAAGAGCAGGCCUGACUGAUGACUGAAAACUCAUAUCUACAUAGGGAUGGAUAAGGAUGGCGGCAAGCCAAAGACCUUUGUGUCUACUUUCCGGUUGGCCCUCAGGCCUCAAGCCAGAACCUUCUGUGUGGAGAAGAAGAAGGAGGAUGGACUGGAUACCAGUAAAAGGACAUUAAUGGGAAAUAACAAACUGGGUGUCUCAUCAGCAACAGAGUCCAGACUGAAAACCAUCCAGGCACUUGAAUCGCCUCACUUCAAAGAACCACUCAGGGACUGCACGGUCUGUGAAGGAAGUGAUGCUACUUUUCAAAGUGUUAUCACAGGAAGUCGACCUCUGACCACUUCCUGGCUGCACAAUGGUGAGAGGGUGAAAUCAAGUAAUACCUCCUUCAAAAAUGACGUUACCAGCCUGGCUCUGACACGGUGUUCCCGGAGAGAUGCCGGGACGUACACCUGCAUAGCUGAGAAUACAGCUGGGAAACAGUCAAGCAGUGCUACGUUGCGUAUCACAGAAAAAGCAACAAAGGAAAUUCCCAGAACAAGCAAGUCACACAGCGAGGUCACGUCCAAGGCUUCACCCCCCAAAAACACUCAGUUGUCUCCAGCUUCUAAGGGGAAAAGCAAACAGAGAGAAAAAGAAGAAAAGAAAGUCUCCACAGGUGGCAGAGAUAUCAAACCUCAAACAAAAGUCUCCCCUAGCAAAGGGCCUCCUGUGGAGUUUGUAGACCCACCGGAGCAGGUGGAGGUUCGAGUAGGACAGCAGGUCCAGCUGCACUGUGAGUUCAGGAGCAGCUCUGUCCCUGUGGCCUGCUGCUGGAUUUGCAACAAAGACAAGGUGGUGAAAGGAGGGCCGAGGAUGUCUGUCCGCAGCAGUGAGACGCACAGCAGUGUGGAGAUCUCUCAGGCCUGUCCAGAAGACACAGGCUUGUACACUGUCAUAGUACAAAACAGAAAAGGCUCUGCACAGCAUACCAUGUCCUUCAGUGUCAUAGACCGGCCCGAGCCACCAGCAUCCCAGCCUGUUAUUUCCCAGCUGUCCACUCAGUCCCUUGUCCUGUCCUGGACGGGUCCCAGCUACGACGGAGGCACAGCAGUGCUGGGCUACAAAGUGGAGGUCAGACCAGAGGGCUCGAACAAGCCCGAGAGCUGGACUGAACUAACAAGCCGAUGUAAAAGCACAUCCUAUCACGUCCGCUCAGGACUGGAGCCUCUGGGGCAGUACCGCUUCCGUGUCAGGGCAUACAACUCAGCAGGGGUCAGCGAACCAAGCCAGGAGUCUGAGAUUGUCAAGAUGGUGACCACAAAGGCAGAAAAGAAGGAAGAUCCUGGGUCGUAUAUCACAGUGACCAUUGACACCACACAUAAGGCCAAGGACUACUACAAUCUGCAUGAGAAGCUGGGAGUUGGGAAGUUUGGCCAGGUGUUCCGGAUGUCCCACAAAGAGACGGGUCAGGUGGUUGCGGCAAAGUUCUACAGAGGCCGAACCUCCAAGGAGAGGGCAGCAGCUCGCAAAGAGAUCGAACUAAUGAACAGACUCCACCAUUCAAAACUGGUCCAGUGUCUGGCUGCCUAUGAAACACGCUCUGAGAUGGUCAUGAUCAUGGAGUAUAUUGCAGGCGGGGAGCUCUUUGAACGCAUCGUGGAUGAAAACUUUGAGCACACGGAGCCCACCAGCGCUCGCUACAUGCAGCAGAUCCUGGAGGGCAUGCAGUAUGUUCACAAGCAGAAAAUCGUCCACCUGGACCUCAAACCAGAGAACAUCGUCUGCGUGGACAACACCGGUACAAAGCUGAAGAUCAUCGACUUUGGCUUGGCUAGUGAACUGGAGGAGGGUAAACCCCUGAUGGUGAUGCAUGGUACGCCAGAGUUUGUGGCCCCUGAGGUGAUCAAUUAUGAGCCUGUGGGCCUGGAGACUGACAUGUGGAGCAUCGGAGUCAUCUCCUUCAUCUUGCUCAGUGGAGAGUCUCCCUUCCAGGGGAACAACGAUGCUGAGACUUUUGCUCUUGUGACUUCUGCCCGCUUUGAGUUUGAUGAGGAGAGUUUUGAGGACAUCUCCGAUCAGGCUAAAGACUUUAUCAGCUCCCUGCUGAAAAAAGACAGGAGAUGUAGGUUGUCAUGUACUGAGGCCCUCGCCCACCCCUGGAUGGUCUCUUUCACCCCACUGAACCGCAGACCUACCAAGUCCCUCAAUAAGGGGAAGAUGAGACGCUUUCUGGCCAGGCGCAAGUGGAAGAAAACUGGCAAGGCUGUUUUGGCCCUACAGCGGAUGGCUAAUCUCUCUAACAGGCCAGACUCUCCUGGCAGCUCCUCAGAGGAGCCAGGCUGGAGCCAAGAGGCAGAGGAGGCCAUCCAGUCGCUGGAUAAGCAGCUCCAGAGUGAACCUCGCUUCCAGCAGGCCCUGAAGGACACCACCCUUCCCAAAGGAGCAACAGCUCGGCUAACAUGCCUCAUCAAUGGUUACCCACAGCCGGAGGUGAAGUGGCUUCAGAAUGAGAAGCGGGUGUCUGAAUCGGAGAGAGUGACCACUGAGCAAAAUGAAGACGGCCUCUGCUCUCUGGUUGUGGCAGAUCUGAAGCCUUCUGACUCUGGGGUUUACGUGUGCCGGGCCGGCAACAAGCUGGGGGAGGCAAUGUGCUCUGCCAAACUGACAGUGAGGAUGUGAACAUGAAGAAAACCAGCAGAGGCAACAAUUUUAAGAUUAUCUUCAUUUGGAAGGAGACUUCAGAAGCAGACUGAUGUGAAUGGUUGGAUAAAGCCUGGACUUUGACACGUCAGCACACAGAUGGACGGUUACUCACUGCCACACAAAAGGCUGCUCACACACAAUUUCAAGGCAAAGCGGGUGCAUUGUGUUCUUCUACCACCAAAGGAUUAAGACAGUUUGGACAUGCAUACCCAGCGCCACCAGUUACUACAGUGCACUUAAGUCUGUAUUCUUUUAAUGUGUAGUUAGCAUGUUCAGCUACUAAUGCACAUGGUUUUGUUGUACUGAAAUAAGGUGAUAUCUUUGCUAAUGUGGCUGAGCUCAGCACCGUUCACAUGACAAGUCACACGAGAAUUGUACAUUUUGCACAUUUUAAUAUCGUUCAAAUGUAAAUGGUUUUUAAAGGCAUUAACAUUAAAGGCUGAAUUUGAGAAAAAUAACAGCUUACUCGGCUGAAAAUUAAUGUUUAAAAAUAAUUAAGUGAAGGUGAGAAAAGUCACACUGCAGCUGUUCAGCACUCACACCCAUCCUUACGACCUGUUAUUAUGGAUCCCACUGUGUGCUGUGAUUGGUGAGUACUUGACAUGUUGACGCAGGGUGAGGGUUAGGGGUAGUACAAGCCGAUCUCGAAUGCUCUGAGAUUCAAGUGGUACAUUUACAAGAAAAAAACUCACAAAUGUACCAACAGAAAGUUGUGACGUAGUAUGAAGAGCGACAGAGACCAUCAAAGGAGUAAGAUGUAGUGGGUGUGUGGUUUAAGUACAGGACUUCCUCACAGGAAACACGGGUUUGUGUCCAGUGUUAGUUGACAUUGGCUGAUUUUUAGACGUGGAUAACGGAUUAGUUUCAGUUUAAGGGAUGUAUUAAGAUGCUGAAAGCAAUCUGUGUGCAUGAACUUUAGCACAAGACGGUUUGCUGUGUCUCCCAGCACAGCCUCAAGAGCAUGGAGGAGAUACCAGGAGACAGUCUGUUAGUCGAGGAGAGCUGGACAGGGCCAUAGAAGGGCAUCAACCCAGCAGCAGGACCGGUAUCUGCUCCUUUGUGUGAGGAGGAACAAGAGGAGCACUGCCAGAGCCCUACAAAAUGACCUCCAGCAGGCUACUGGUGUGCAUGUUUCCGACCAAACUGUCAGAAACAGACUGCAUGAGGGUGACACGAGGGCAUCGACUAGCAUUCGCCAGAGAACACCAGAAUUGGCAGGUCCACCACUGGCACCCCGUUGUCCUCAUAGAUGAGAGCAGGUUCACACUGAGCACACUAUACAAUGUACAAAAAUAGAAAUAAAUCUGGUCUGGUGCCUUUAAAUUAAUGACAGAAAGCAGAGAUCUCUCAUGGUUUGAAAACAUUUCAUUUAAUGUUACGCCAAUUUAUAUAAGUAUUCCACUGAGAUUCCAGAUGACGUGCAAGACAAUUCUUACCAACUGUAUGAUCAAAUGACAUCAUUAUGGUAUGGCUGAAGCAAUGGAGUAUUUUAUUCUCACAAUGUAAACAUAUUAGUUUCUACCCUGCUGUCCAUUUUGGCUUUUCCAGGUACUUUCAGAAACAUAAAUAUCUGAAUGUUGAGGUGAGCUCGUUCUUGACUGCAAGUCAAGGUUUUCCAAAGGAUUUCAUUUCCAGAUAAAUGUUUCAAAGCUGUAAAACCUUUCUCAUGUCAGCUUGAUUUACCUCAGUGUCCUAUGUGUGUUGCCCUUAUUUCCUAUUAGUCAUUGUGAUUGUGUCAAUCAUUUUCAGCGCCCUGUGCGUCUCAAUGUGACAGCUACACUGAUAAUGUUAUAAUAUAUCCUAACCUAUUGCACACGUCUCUCUGAUACAGUUUACCAUGUUUGGUCAUUCCUCACGCCACAGUGAUUGUGAAUUUGUUAGCAUAUUCUCCCAACCCUGAAACCACAAAUAUUUAAUCCUAUGAUUUAACAGUUAUACAGUCUUUCAAUAUAGUAUCUCACCUUUCCCUUACUGUUAGUUGCUUUUCUAAGCUACAUUCAUAUCAG